CAGGCCCAGGCUUCAGAGUCUUAUAGUCAUACAGGCGAUAUGAACGCUUGUUAAAAUGCAGUGACUUUAAGUUUAAUGUCCUGGUCGCAGAUUCUCCUGUCUGCAUUGUAGCUUUAAAAGCUUUGAAACUGCUGCUCUGCAAAUUUACUGAACAUGUCAGGGAUAAUCGCCAUGCUAGACUGCUAGCAGAAGACAGGACUUCCACGCUGCUUGAUGAACUGAGAGCAGACGAGCAGACAGAAAAACAAGGCUACAGACGUCCCUCUUUCUGCUCGGUCAGACGCUAUUGGCAAAACCCGCCCCGCUACUCCUCUCCAGCCGCCCCCUCUGGGCGGGACUGAUCCUGGGCCGCUUCAGUUAUGGAGUCCGCUGCUUUCAGGGACUGCGGGGCCUGGCAGGCAGAAGGUCUGCCUCUAUCCACCACCAGCAAUGAGGCGUGCAAAAUGUACGAUGCCAUACUUACUCAGUAUGUCACAUGGCGCAAUGACAAAACUCUUGGUGGGAUAGAUGAAUGUAUCUCCAGGGUCCAGAAAAUCGACCCAAACUUUGUGAUGGGUCAUGUGAUCAGCACGGGGUUGGAGCUGGUUGGGACGGGGAGCUCUGUCCUGUUGAACGAAAGGCUGGCCAGCGCCGUCAGGAGGACCAUGGAGCUAGCUGAGAUCCAAAACCUUACUCCCCGAGAGAAAUUGCAUGUCAGCGCUGUGGAGAUGUUCUCCAAGGGGUGCCUUCCCAAAGCGUGCGAUUUGUGGGAGGAGAUCCUGCUGGAGCAUCCCACCGACCUGCUGGCGCUGAAGUUUGCCCACGAUAGCUACUUCUACAUGGGAUAUCAGGUGCAGAUGCGAGACUCAGUGGCCCGGGUCCUGCCCCACUGGAAGCCCUCCAUGCCUCUCUACAGCUACCUUAAAGGAUUAUAUUCCUUUGGGCUUCUGGAGACACGUUUAUAUGACCAGGCAGAAAAGGUUGCAAAAGAGGGCCUGGCCUUAAAUCCUGGCGAUGCUUGGAGUGUCCACUCCAUGGCGCAUGUGCACGAAAUGAGAGCUGAGAUUGACAAGGGCCUGAAGUUUAUGGAAGAUACAGAAAAAAACUGGAAUGCCUGUGACAUGCUUGCCUGCCAUAACUACUGGCACUGGGCCUUGUACUUCAUUGAAAAGGGGGAGUAUGAAUCUGCCCUGGGCAUAUACGACGGGCAGGUGGCGACUCGAUGCCUGUCCUCUGGGGCGAUGCUGGACACCGUGGACGCCUGCUCCUUGCUCUACCGGCUGGGCUUGGAGGGUGUUGCGGUGAAGGAGCGCUCGAGGGAGCUGAUGCGGGUCACGGAGUCGCACACGGAGGACCACGCGCUGAUCUUCAAUGACCUCCACUUUCUCAUGACGUCACUCGGUGCUGGAGAGGAGGGAGCCACUCGCCAACUGCUGGAGUCCCUGCGGGAGCAGGCGGAGACACCGGGAGUUAACCACCAACUUCAGCUGGCCAAGGAUUUGGCACUGCCCAUGUGCCAGGCCCUGAUGGAGUACGAUCAGGGGAACUACGGGCAGGCUGUGGAACUGCUGCGGCCCAUUCGCUACCGCUUCUGCCAGAUAGGGGGCAGUGAUGCGCAGAGGGAUCUUCUCAGUCAGCUGCUUAUUCACGCAGCCAUGAAGUCAGAGAGUCACCAAAGACUGGCCAGGUGCCUGUUGGCCGAACGAGAUGCAGCCAGACCCAACUCCCCGCUCACCGAUCGCCUGAUCCAGAGAGCCAACGCCCUGCAUGCCUAGCAGAGGUCAAAGGUCAAUGAACUACCACAGUGAAGAUCCAGGGCAAGACCAGAGGGACUGUGUAAAAGCAUCUAGUAGAUACUACAGGAGUACUGUGUCUAUCGGCGAAACUCAGAUUAAUCCAGUCUCUUCGAUUACUGCAGUAUUCCGCACUGUUCAGGCCAUUAAUUACCCAUAAAAAUGUUAAUGCAUAAAUCAGCGGUGUUUGAAUAAAUUAACAUGUUUAUGUUAUGCAUAAUUGUUUUGAAUUCAGAUUUCAUGAUAAAAAAAAGCACAAUUUAAGCUUUGGAAAGUACUACUCUGCUUUAAUUGCAGGAAGACGUUUAUAUUGCUUUAAUUUUAAUAUCUUCUGUUCAUUAUAUGGUAAUACUGAACCUGGGUAUUAUUUAAAAUAAUAAUGUAUAGCAAUAUAAAUUAUGUAGCUAUUAUGUGUGUAUGGUAAGCUGCAAUGCACACGGCUGAUGUGUUUUUACUGAGGUUUCAGCAUAGCCCUGAAUAAUGUUUAGUUGACAGUUUCACAUUUUCACCAGGAGUCUUUCAGUGGAACUAGGUCCAGUUAAUGAAUUACCAGGGGUGUAAUCCUGCAUGAUGUCUGUUCCAUUGAUAACCCUUAAACCCUGAACAGAGUUUGGUCUGUGGCAUUGUUCGAUUUCCCCUUCCUAGUGAAAUUAAAGAAUAUUGGGCAAGUGA